AUGAGCGGAUCCAAGCAGAAGUCCCGCAGCGCAUCUCUCCGGUCUGUGGUCGCUGGCUCACUAGUUGUUCUGGUCCUGGUCUCCACUCCGGCCGUUGACGCUCACGCGCGUCCUCACGGUGACGGGCGCAAUGUCGUGGCCGAAACGAGAAGCGAAAAGACGGCGGGAGGCGAGCGUUUUCUGCAGCCAAAAUCUGAACAUGACGGAGACACGAACGCGAAGCAGGAUUCUUCAACAGCGGCUGACAAUGGCUCCGGUGGCGAUGAAAAGGUCAAAGACUCAGGGCUCAAGCAAAUCGCACACGAUGGCGCGUCUGCCAAUGAGCCCAACGAUGGCUCUAGAACAAGUGUGACGGACAGCGCUCAAGGGGAAGUGGAGGGGGGGCAUAACGAAGAAGAUGCAGCAGGACGGAUCAGCCAUGACAGCGAAAAGGAGGCUGAUGAACAGGAGCACAAGCAGACGGAUGGCGAAUCAGAGCAUGCGGAGGAGGGCCCUGCUACAAACAAGGUCAAAGAACACCUGCCUGAAAAAUCACAGAAGAGAGUAGAUGCGAAUGAAAGCGAUGAGGAAGAAAACGCUAAGCCGUUUUUUGCAAUUAUUCGGCUGCCACUGUCCCCCCCUCAUCUCUUCAUUCCCAGGAUGCGGUGGCCGUCGGUACGUCUGUUACUGCCUGCUGCGAAGAGGAACCACGCGGGGUCCAUGGUCUCUGUGAAAGGGCGGCAAACCCGCCUAGAGCCUCGCCACAUGGAAAUGCUUGCAGACCAUCUGCAUAGCCUCUAUGACAAACUGCAGAACCACAUGUUAAAGGGCCAGCGGAGUGAUUUUGUCGUUCAGCAAGACCAUGUGAAGAUGUUAGAAGAGCUCUCAUGGUUAAUACACCAGGCUCGCAAGUUCGCAGCCAUUUUGAAGGGUGCAAAUGCAGAGUUAGAAUCCUGA